UCCCAGCAAAUCAGGCUGAGGGCCUGCAUUCUCUUAAGAAAAAGAAGGAAAAGGUGUGGCUACGCCCAGGGGUACUCGCUCAGUCCCCUUAUCCUUACCCUUGGGUUCCAUGGAGAUCGAUGAAGACAUAGCAAGAAGAUCAAUGAAACCUUUAUUUGUAUGAUUAUAUCCAGCUGGUCAAAGAAUCGGUUGACAUUAAAAAAGGAAGAGUCGACCCAGACACCUACAAAAUAGUCAACUUCGGAGGAGGAUAAGGAAACGCUGGAGCAAGUAGUUGAGAUCGAAGCUGAUUAAUCGAGAGAACAUGGUAAGAAUGCUUCGAGGGCUCGUGACCCUCGCCGCCGUCGUCGUCGCGCUGGAGUGCUGUGAACUCCCACGCAGGACGGAUGGCAGGUGCGUCCUGUUCAACUUCGGCGACUCAAACUCCGACACUGGCUCCCUCCCUGCCGCCUACGGCUUCUACCUCGGCCCGCCCGCCGGCCGCCGCUUCUUCAACCGGACCACCGGCCGCUGGUCGGACGGCCGCCUCUACAUCGACUUCAUUGCCGAGAACCUGGGGAUCAGGUACCUGAGCCCGUACCUGGAGUCGUCGGGUCCCAACUUCACCGAUGGAGUGAACUUCGCGGUGGCCGGGGCGGCGGUGGCGAGCAACCAGAGCGCCAUCCCGUUCACCAUGGCCACGCAGGUGAACCAGUUCCUGCAUUUCAAGAACCGGACCCGGGAGCUCCGGCCGCUGGGGCAGGGCUCGAUGCUACCGGAGGAGGAUUUCCGGGGAGGCGUGUACUCGAUCGACGUCGGGCAGAACGACAUCACGCUCGCCUUCCUUGCCAACCUCACGCUGCCGGAGAUCGUCGCGGACGGUGGCCCGCUCGCGGCUGUCGCCGCCAAGGUCGAGGAGGCCGUCCGGGCGCUGUACGCCAGCGGCGCGCGCAAGUUCUGGGUGUACAACACGGGGCCCAUCGGGUGCCUGCCGCAGACGCUGGCGCUGCGGCAGAGGCCCGGCGACGAGCUUGACCCCGCCGGCUGCCUCGCCCGCUACAACGCCGCCGCCCGGGCGCUCAACGCCAACCUCGCCGCAGCGUGCCGCCGGCUCGCGGACGAGUACUGCGGGAGCGCGAGCGUGGUGUGCACCGACAUGUACGCCGUCAAGUACGACCUGUUCGCCAACCACGACCAGUACGGCAUCGAGCGGCCGCUGAUGGCGUGCUGCGGCCACGGCGGGCCGCCGUACAACUACGUGAACCUCAAGACGUGCGGGCAGCCGACGGCGACGGCGUGCCCGGAGGGGGAGAGGCACGUGAGCUGGGACGGCGUGCACUACACCGAGGACGCCAACGCUAUCGUCGCCUCCAAGAUACUCUCCGGCGACUUCUCCCAGCCGCGCACCAAGCUCCAGGCACUGUGCAAAUAAGAACACGACCACUUGUGAUUUUGGUCGAGGUGUAAGUACUAGUAGCAUUUAUUAAAGCGAAGACAAAAAACUGGAUCAGGUACACCUCGACCGUUGUUUCCUCAGCUACUAAUAAGAUCCGCUCCACGGGUAGUUUUUACUGGAAUUGUUGGGAACUUGCUCAGGACUAUAUAGAGUAUGCUUUAGAAUUUUUUUUCCCAAACAAAAAGAUUAUACUCGCAUGAGUAUGUCACGAUAUCAUGCAU